AUGACGCAGUCGAAGAAACCAAAAUCACCCAUCGUUUCCGCCGCAGACGGUCCAAGUACGACACAGAAGGCUGCCAAGACAGCUAGGCGCUGGGACGGACGGAAUGGGCUGGGCGUCUAUAUCGAGAGCCCGGAGACGAACCCAGAGAACAAGAUACUGGAGUACGACGAUGACUUUGUCGUGAUAACCGACAAGUACCCCAAGGCGAGUGUACAUCUUCUACUCAUCCCGCGGAAACAGGUCCACUACGAUCAACACCCACUCCAAGCUCUCUCCACAGACCCAGCCUUCCUCGCCGAAGUACGAAAACGCGCCGUCCGUCUCAGAGAGCUCGCCGCAUACGAACUCCGACGUCAAUAUGGCGACUUCAGCGCUUCAGAUAAACCAUACAAUGAGGCUUUCGAGACAAUGAUGAGCUCUCCUGACCCGCCACCUCCACCCGAGGAGCGCACAGCACUGCUCCCACCCGGCCGCGACUGGUCUAAAGAUAUCCCGGGACAUGCAUUCAGACUGGAUGAAACACAAGAAGCACUAUUUGAGCUUCAACAGUAG